AUGGAUCUCUUAGCUAAUAUGUUAAUUGUCGUAGCUCCUUUGAAAUGUGCUGUAUCUGCUGGGAGCAUUAGUUUUGCUGUAAUAGGCGAACACGAUGCUCUCCAUUGCGUUAUCAUUGGCGAGCCGCUCACAGCACUGAAAAGGGCCACGGAUGUGUGUAAACCCGAGGAUGUAAUAUUGUCUGCAAGUGCAUGGGAACAUUGUAAUUUAAACGGUUAUAUUUACGUUAUCUUGGACAAGAGUCACAUCAGGAUUACUAAGGAAAUAAAGAAAUGUACAACUGAAGCAGAUGCCACGUGUAAGAUUAAGUUUAAAAGCCCAGAACACUCGAUCGAUGAAAUAGAUGAGCCUGUUACAGAAGCCGUUGGUCAGCUUUCAGAAGCAGCAUCCGAUGUGGGCAGUACCGAUGUGAAAAAGCUGAAAUUCAUUAUAGACCCAACGAUAAAAAUUGACGACAGUGUGGAGGACGAUUUAGAAACAAAUCGUCCAGGUGUGAUAGUGGGUCCUUACAAGAAAAAUGUCGGAAUGCUGUUGAGAAGUUUCGUAUUUGAGUCGAUUGCAGCGCAGAUUGAAAGCGAUCGUUCUUUCGAACACGUGGCGGAAUUGAAAAAUGUCACCGUGCUGCUCGUCGAAAUUUCCUCGGCGAAAUCCACAGCGACCGAAUUAAUUUCUCUGACGGACGACUGCCACAAGUUAAUCCUGAGAGCUUGCGAGAAUGUAGGCUGCAUCGAGGAUGUCAGCCUACGCGACUCGCUCGUCAGGUUUCGCAUUGUCUUUGGGACUCGUGGCUACUUGAAGGAUUUCAAUCAUUGUCGAUUCGGCGUGGCGUGCGCUUGGAAUCUCUUGCACUCGCUGUCUAGCGUGACUCACGCGAGCGGAGUAUCCGUGGGUGUCUCGACAGGGAUAUCGUGCGUUGCGGUCAUCGGCCACACUAUUCGCCAGCAGUACAAGGUGAUCGGGGCUCCAAUCGUGAAAACCGAAAGUAUGAUGCGUCUUACUCGGGGCAAGGUCACCUGCGACUUGGACACAGUCGUGCACAGCGAUAUCAACAAGAGUCACUUCCUUGUCAGAGGCUUGGUCAAUCUUCGAGGGCACAGCAAAGAUUACAUAUUUCACUACACCCAACGUAAUGAGUUUGACGAUCGAACGAGGAGCGAAUUGAAAAAUGCCUAUCCGGUGCUCGACAGAUUCCAGGAGUUAGAGCUAUUUAGCGAAAUUUUGGACGACAUUGGCAUACCAACUCGUAAAUACGCAGGCAUUUUGAUCGAGGUAGAUCGAUCGAUUAAAAGAUCUCACGCACAAUAACGUAAGUCGUCUCUUUGCCAGGGCAAAAAUCGAAUUGGAAAGUCUCGCGUGUUGGACGGCUUCGUUACAGUUGCAAAAGCCAGAAAAACGUCACUGGUCAAGAUUGUACUUCAUCCGUCGUUCGCUCUUAAGCCUUACACGGUUAUAUACAAAAUUCUCGAGCAGAUACUCGAAUCCGAAUGGUGUAAGACUAUAGACGAAUUGGAGAGGAAUGUUAUACGGAAAUUAGGACAUGUGAUAUUGCCGGAAGAGCUUUGCUACAUGAAUCGUAUAUUAAGAGUGAGAUUUAAGCGCUCGAAGCAAUAUCUCAUGGACUCUGAUUGGAAUCGGCAUAAGAAAACAUUAAACAUUUUGGACAAGAUACUAGACAUAAAUAGCGAGAAAUGGUGUAUUUUACUGGACAACGUAGAACACAUGGACUACAUGUCAUGGCAGUUCUUGUCGCAAGCGAUAAGCCACGAGAACGUAGUCUUGGCAAUGACAAUUCUGGAGGCGAAAUCCUGGGACGAAUUGUCGCGAGUGGAAGCUGAUAUUUGCAGAGAUAAACGGUUACUGCGACACACCUUGACAGGACUGGAGUUUCAUUCCUUAUCGGCGCUGGCUUGUCAAUUUUUAGGCGUACAAGCUGUUGCUAUCGAACUCCAUGAAUAUUUAUUAAAUUCGAACACAACUCAUCCUGGAUGGGUUGAAUUGUUCUUAUCACUGAUGACUUUGUGUUGCGCAUGCGACAUUGUUCAAUUAACUCCCGUCGAGGCUGAUGAGCAUAACUUAAUUUUUCCCGAAAUCUUGCAAACUACGCGAAUCUCAUCCGAUUUACUGCCUGAAGAAACGGCUCCUCCUCAAUCAUGGCAUAAGAGAGACAGAAUCAGUGUUUGCUUGAUCAAUAAAAAAUUUCGCGUUGCAAACUCUUUUAGCAAUUAUAACAUACGAGAGCUUGCUCUGGAAAUCUACUCUCGACUGUCCACUUAUGAGCAAAACGUCGUUAGAUACGCCAGUAUAAUUGGCAAAGUAUUCCUUCGUAAUAUGCUGGAAUUAAUUCUUCCAAAUCAUCAAUCAUUAAAAACAUCAACAGCAAUAGAAAAUCUGAUGCGCAUACGUGUAUUCGAGUGCGCGUUAUUGCAAAGGCAAAGCACGAAGGUCGAUGACCUCGCUGUCUGCUCUUUUAAGUCUCGCAGUACUUUCUCGGAUAUGCAUCACUUGUUGCGCUGUCGGUGUCACUCACAAUCCGCUCAUCCUGCAGAAAAGCAUUUGGCAUAUUACGCGCAAUGUCGCUUCUUGGAGUUCAAAAUAUCGAUUUUUCUGCGCGUAACUUGCGAGCAACUCACUUACCAAGAGAAGAAAGAAUGCCACACGCUAAUCGCAGAAAUUUACAAGAAGGAGGCGAGAAAAUGUAUGGCGUGUGGCGGUGGGCCAUUUUUGAAACUGCCUGGCAUGGAAAAGUCCGUAAGGGAAAUUAAAAGAAUCUGUAUUAAUUUUCCAUGCUGCAUUACAAUUGCACUUUCAUUGUCGUACGGCGAAUACUGCAAUUAUUACGCAGCAUCGAGUGGCACUAGAAAGCCGAUGAAAAUGUCGAUACCAAUAGUAGAUGCGUAUAAAGCGGAACAGCUAAUCGACGAUCAAGGUAUUAACAAGCAUUUAGUUGUAGACAGGAAAAUGAAAAAUAGCCAUGCAACCGAGACCAGGAGAGUUUCGAUUAUGCCGUCGUCGAUUGAAACUGAUGAUAUCGAUGAAACGCACGCUGUUUGUUGCAUCAAUUCAGAAGUCCCGAAAAGCGCAAGACAAUCCCGCAAAAAGUGUAAAGUACAGCCGCUAACCCGCGAAGAAACCGAUGAGUAUUUGCCGUUGGAUAAUUUUGGACACGUAGAUUUUCGUUAUUGCAGAUGUCUCACUAUCAUUAACUGCAUUUUUUUGAAAUUGCAGCAACACAUCAGGCAUAUAGAUAACAAUCAGAAAAUAAUUAAUUUCAUGCUGGAAUACGCGGCAGCGCUCAUUGAUUUUGGCCAGCCCGGUUUCGCUCUCAGAUUUCUGGCGUUUGCAGACGAAAGAAACGAGUACGUUGGCACUUACGAUGCUUGGAAAAGUCCAUCGUUGUACGAGAAAAUGCUCAAGAGGAGCAUGAUUCUUCGCCUGCGAGGAAACGCUUACAUACUUCUUGGAAACUAUCCGCAAGCGAAAACAAAUUACUUCGAGGCUUUAUCUCUGUUCAAGCAUAACUUCAGGGCAUCUAAGUGGUUAACGUGUCAGAGAACUAUGUAUGAAAGAAUACAACAAAAUAUUCGCUGGACGUUCGCGUAUCCAACGAUAGGAACUGAUGCCAAGCAGGAAAGAGCAGUUGUUGUCAGACAAAAUGCUGCGUCGUGCCUGUCCCUUAUCUCGUCGAUACUCAUGAUUCAAAAGCACCAUAAGGCAGCCAGGCUGGCUGCACUUCAGAGCGUUGUUUUCGGUUUCUCCAACUACGACUCGAGCAAUUUUUACGAUCAGUGCCAGCUGUAUCUAUCAAUCGUUAAAAUUUAUGGAAAGCUUAGAGAUUUGUCAUUUGUCAGUUGCGUCGAGAAGUACAUACUGUUCGCCAUCAACCAGAGGCAAAAGUGGAACAGCAGCGAAGAAAUCGUUAUAUUAGCAUACGUGUACGCAGCCAUUUUCAAAGUCAGUUUGCUGCACGGGAAAUUGGAGCGAGCGGCGCGAUUCGGUGGAAAGGCACUGCGUAUAUCGAAAUAUUUUCACAUGGUUAGAUUGGAAUUGGGAAUACUGCCGUUGCUCAUUCAAACUUCGGUGCGUUUGAAACGAGUUUGCGAGACAGUAGACCUGUUGCGGAGGCUGCGCGACAUCUCGCUCGAGGACAUCGAUAAAUCAGCAUUAACGUGGUAUUAUGCUCUUUGCGUGGAUCUCUUGCUGGACGCUGGAAUCGUUAUAGAAAGCUAUGAAGUUUGCGCAGACUACGCACUCGGAAUCAUGGACGACAACUCGGAGCUUUGUAUUUUGCGCGACCCUAACAGUACCAAGCGUCUCGUCUCUAGUCUAUGGUCAUGGCAGUUGCGAAGAAGCGAAUUGACCAACAGUACUUUCGUCAAAAAUUUAAACUUUUUCACCGUGGACAUUGAAGUCGUUAAUUAUUCCCAAGUCAUUACGUUAUGCAAGAUAUUGGAAUGUCAUUUACUACUUUUAACUCGAUGCAUUAAUUUAAAAAGGAGUAAUCAAAUCGAAUUUCUACUCGAUGACAUAGAAACUCUUAUGAAGAUACUGAAUGAUCUUGUAAAAAUAGUGAAAUGCAUUGAACCCCAUUAUUACUUACUAAAGACUUAUUACAACUUAGUGCGUGGACGUACUCUAACAUCAAAAACUUAUUGGCGAAAAGCAAAAAAACGCGCUGAAAUCCAAAAGAACCUGAUGUUGUUGGCAAGGAUAGAGCGUAAUAAAAAUGUAAACAUUAAUAUCAAAACUUGGAAAGCCAUUAAUAGCUCUAAUAACAUGGCACGCUUUUGGGAAGAAAAUAUUGGCUAUCGAAAUACAAUUGUUUGGCAAGACAUAGACGUGUUCGAUCUGAACGAUUGGUCAAAUCUUAUGUAUUCUCUUCCAAUGUCUGACUCUUACUUAUGA